AUGGGGAUUUGUUUGGAUACAGAUUCAAGUGAACCAGAAAAUUCCGAAGAGAAUUCACGUUGGAAAGGAACAGAAAAAAAUUCAGACCAAAUAGAAACUAUAAGUGAUGCAAAUAUAUUAAAUAGAAAUACCGAUAAAAUAAAAUUUGAUCCCCCAAAAGUGCCAGUAAUAUUUGUCUUAGGUGGGCCUGGUAGUGGUAAGGUAACUCACUGUGAUACAUUAAUGCAAGAAAGGCGUGGAGUUGUACAUAUAAAUAUGAUGGAUUUAUUACAACAGUAUGCUAUGGGAAAUGAUUUGCAAGAUUUCUCACAAUUAUCAUCAAAAACUGUGACCGAAGUAUUGAUGCUUGAAAUGAAAAUGGCUCCAGCUGCAAAGGCAUAUUUAAUAUCUGGUUAUCCAAGAUCAAUGAGAGAUGUCGUUGAAUAUUCUGAAAAAAUUCAAGUAAUUAAUGGAGCAAUAUUAAUAUCAUGGCGGCAAUCAGUUCUUCAAAAGCAAAUUGAUUAUGGUGCAAAACUUGGACAUGUUGUAUUGUCUUUGGCAAAAAUGGAAUUAGAUAAUUUUUUCAAAAAUGUUAUGCCAGUAGCUGAUUAUUUUGAUCAAAGUGAUAUUCUUGUUGCCAUUAAUGGAGAAAGAUCUCCAGCUGAAGUUUAUAAAGAUUUUCAAACAGCAGUUUUAGAUAUACUUAAUGCUUUGGAAAAUCAAGAAGCAAUUUUAAAUGGUGUUUCUGGAAUGGGUAGAGGUGCGAAUGAUAUCCCAGGUAGUAUAGUUAGUGUUGAAACUGCACCAAGCCAAGAAAAUAAUACAAAUAAAAUGAUAGAUCCGCUACCGAAUGAAAACCCCAACGAAAAUACUAUUGCAACAAAUACAAAUUCUAAUAUAUCUAACUUACCAAUGCCACCAUGUAUAUUUGUAAUAGGAGGUCCAGGUAGUAAUAAAGCGGCUCUAUGUGCAAAACUUGCAGCACAUGAUUUAAAUUUAGGACAUAUAAGUAUUGGAAGAUUGUUACGAGAAAUUUCUGAUUCGGAACCACGUGCUAAUUCGGAAGGUUAUACAAUAAAAGAAGCUUUAACUGUAGGUGAAAUGGUGCCUGCGUCAAUAGUUGAAACAAUAUUAGAAAAUAAUAUAAACGAAAUUAAAAAUAAAAGAGCUAUUAUAAUUGAUGGCUAUCCCAGAAAUAUGGAACAAGCUAACUUAUUUGAGAAGAAGUACAAACAAAGACCACCAGUUAUUUUAUUAGAUUGCUCGAAAUUGCAAUUAGGUCGAGGACGAUUGGAUGAUACGGUAUCAUCAUUUCGUCGACGCUUAGAAUUAUUUCGUGAGGAGACAUUACCGAUGCUAAAGCAAUUGGAUAGUAUACGACGUUUAACAAUUGUUGAUGGCGAUACAGAUAGUUUAACAGUUCAAACCGAAUUCGAAAAUGUUAUUAAAGAACAUAUAAAAAAUCUUAUUAUUAAUAAUAAUUUACAAGGUUCAUCAUCAUCAUAUACAUCAUUUUCUCAAUCAAUAAGGAAUGCAAAUGAUAUUAUUCAGGAAGAAAAUGUGCCUGGUACAGUGCCAACAAUUAGCCAUCAAAUUAGCUUACAAAAUGGUGAUAUUGGAAAACCAAUACAUAAAAAUUUAUAUAAUAAAACCAGUUCAUCAGGUUAUAUGAAUGGACAAAUAAUGAAUGGUGGUAGAGAACAUUAUAAUCAAAGGAUCAAUAAUACAUCAAAUGCUAAUUAUUCUGAAAGUUAUAUGUAA